AUGGGCCUACUCAGUCUGCGUUCCAGAUCUAAAAGCACCUCGUACCAACCAGACACGUCCAACUCUUCCUACGCUUCUUCCUCCCGCCCAAAUUCUCGCGCAAGCUCAAGAGGGCCCUACAGCUACUUGUCUACAACCUCUGACGGAAUUCCCAUUGUACGCGAAUCCUCGUCGUCUGCCAGCUCACGCAGAAGUCAUCAUUCGCGCGCUGGCUCGUCCUCAUCAAUCUCUUCUGGCUCAUCAAACGGCUCUUCAUAUCUCUACCCCACUGCAACCACUCAACACGGCGUAUACUACGUUUCCGCAAAUCCUAUGAGCACCGUCACUGUUCCCCACGGCCCUUCGCACUACUUUGGCCCUCAGCGCCAGGUCGUCUACCCAGCAGGCUACGACCCUUCUUCUUCUCCCUCGCACUUGCAGAGUCUCCACCUCGACUCACACCGCGGCCGCCCCCGAUCCAACACUGCCCGCGAGAAAAUUCUCCUGUCGUCGGCGGGCGUCCCAUUGGCUGGGUACCCUCCAGUGGAUGCGCCCACGGGGGCUCCCAGUAGUCACGAGUCGUAUCACUCGAGUUCUCAAUCAUCCACAAAGAGCGGCGGCUUCCUCAGCUUUAUUCGCUCUCGAUCAAAAUCCAAAUCGCGCGAACGCGAUGCCCUCUACCCAGCAUCCGAAAAGCGCCAUCGGGAGCGAGAUGCCCAGAUUAUGCAGAGGGAUGAAGAGGCUGAGCUUGCGAGGAGGAUGGAAAAGGACUUGCGUCUCCGCGACCUCGACGAUCCGUACCGCACCGUCCGUCGCGAACGUUCGCGCUCGUUUGAUGGACACCCAGUAGACCCCAAUCAACUCCAGCAACAGCGCGCUCUGGAGAGACAACAAAGAAGGAACAGGGACCUCGAUCCAGACGUUCAGGAUAACACUCGCUACAACGCCACCAGCCUCAGAUACGUCGACGGUCCACCACGUCCAAGUCGUGGGCGUUCAGACUAUCACGUCCAUGCCAGUGGGUACGCAACGGAUGCGCAGCCACAAAUGCUCCGACGUAGCGCAACGACGGCUGCACACGUUCACCAUCCCUCGAGUACGCACUCUUCCGGCCACCCAACGCGGUACUCGCACCAGCUCCAGUCUUCGCGUGGGAUUGACGUCGAAAGUGAUGCACCACCGCUCAAAGGCUGGUUCAAUCAACGCGGCGACGAGCUGAUUGACAAGAACACUGUCAUUUGCCAACCGCUCGACCGUCAGUACUCGUCCCGCUUCAAACACUACCCCCCGGUUGGCCAAGGCUUUGGCGACUCGCACGGGAACAUCAUUGACAUCAACGGACGUCUCCUCAAACGUGUGGGCUAA